AUGCUGCGGACAACAGAGGCACUGUAUUUGAUUUUGAUGGCUGGUGAGUUGACUCUAGGGAUUUGGGGAAAUGGAUUCAUUGUGCUAGUGAACUGUGUUGACUGGCUUACAAAAAGAAGUAUCUCUUUGGUUGACAUCAUCCUGAUGAGCUUGGCAAUCUCCAGAAUUGGUUUGUUGUGUGCUGUAUCAAUAGAUGGUUUUAUUAUGGUGCUCUCUCCAGAGAUAUAUGGCAAUGUUGAGCUCACCCGCAUUUUGGAUGCUUUCUGGACAAUGGCCAAUAAUUUAAGUGUCUGGUCUACUUGUUGCCUCAGCAUCUUCUAUUUACUCAAGAUAGCCAAUAUAUCACACCCGUGUUUCCUCUGGAUGAAGCUAAGGACCAAUAGGAUGAUCCUUGGGAUUCUCUUGGGAUCUUCUCUCAUCUCAUUAAUUAUUUCUGUUUCGAUCAAUGAUGAUAUGUGGUGCAACUUGUUAAAGAUCACUCAUGAAGAAAACAUAACUUAUCCAUUCAAGGUGACAAAAAUCCCAAAUGCUCUCAAACAGAUUACCUCGAAUCUGGCAGUCACCAUCCCUUUUAUUCUUUGCCUGAUCUCCUUUUUCUUGCUACUUUCUUCACUGUUUAGACACAUCAAGCACAUGAAGCUCCACGCCACAGGGGCCAGGGACCCCGGCACAGAGACCCACAUGAGAGCUAUAAAGGCACUGAUCAUCUUUCUCUUCCUUCUGAUUUUAUAUUAUGCAUUCUUUCUUGGAAUAACAUCUAGCUUUCUGAUUCCUCACGGAAGAUUAGUGGUGAUGAUUGGUGGCAUAAUAGCUGUCAUUUUUCCAGCCAGCCAUUCUUUCAUCCUGAUCAUGGGAAACAGCAAGCUGAGGGAAGCUUUCCUGAAACUGUUAAAGUUUGUCAAGAGUUUCCAUAAAAGAGGGAAGCCUUUUGUUGCAUAG